AUGAGGCUGAGCCUGUGUCUUCUCCUGAUCAUACUGGCUGUUUGUUGCUAUGAAGCUAAUGCAGGUGCAGUCUGCAAAGCUGUCGUGCGUGAAAGCGUCACCUUCGUUUUACUGUCAGAAGGAAAACUGAAGGCAGAACUUGAGAGAUAUGACGCGCCUGAGGAGGCUGUUGACGCAAAGCUCGAAGUGAAGAGAUGUGUAGACCAGAUGUGGAAAACUGACCGAGCUAUAAUAGGAAGUGUGUUGACAAAAAUUUUACUGGAAUGUGGUCUGAAGGGAUAUGUAGAAAGUAUGGUCCCACCGGGUAUGAGCUUCCCCCCAAUCAUGAAGUGA